AGCACUACCUGCUUCCUCCAAGCAUUCGCUUACCGACAUUCGACCAGGAUGGUCGCGAUCAUAAUCCUCUUAUCCUGCUUAACGCUCGCUUCAGGCGAACACUCGGGAGCAUACUCGUCUCCGCAAUACGCAAAGAAAAUCUUCCCGAAAAAAGGUUACGAUACAGUUGCCUUGUUGCCGAGAGAAAGACCACCGGCACCUUUCAAUGAGAGUCGAGAAACGAUAUCGAGGUUCGACGCGAAUGACACUACUCAGUACGGAAGAUCGACUUUCAUGGAAUCAGCGAGUAAUUUCUUCAGCGGCACCGGUGGUCAGGUGAUAACGAGCAUUGCGAAGGACUUCAUAGCGAGGUCCACGGGCAGCAGUCAGGUUGGUUUCGACUGCGUUUCGCAGGUUUUAAGUCUGAACCUCACCAAUCUGGUUAUUCUGAUAGUUUUGAAAGCGCUGGUGCUCGCCGCCGGAUUCUUUGGAGCUGGAGCGUGGAAAGGCGGACAUUAUUAUGGAAGAAGUCUUGAAGAUAAUAGUAACGUGUCUUACAUCACCGAAGAUGAAAUCUUGUUAUAUUUGAGCUACUUGGCUGGCCAACAGAAUAAGGAUUACGGCUGCCUGUACUUACUAUCUUGUCAGAGACCACACCAGGCUGGCUUAUACUCGUCAGGAGCUGAUUUACUUCUGCAAGGCACGAAGCUAUUCCAAGGCAAUUCCGUGGAUUUGGAACAAUACGAAAACGUCACGUACGGCAUUAAGCACGCCGCUGACUGGGGAGAGAGAGGAAUGAACUGCGACACAAGAUACAGAUGUGGAAAAUAAUUAUAACCAAACACCCAAC